CUUCCCAUAGCGAAGAGCGGGAAGGUGUCCCAAGAGUAAAAGUCACUGGUCUUCGCUUUGAAACCUUCGAAACUCUCCAUCUAGGAAACUGCCCGCUGGAGGCGCCAGACAGUGCGCAAAACCAGCAUGAGGGAAGGAACCGCGAUUGCCGGUUCAGGAUUCCGGAUUGCCGUUACCACCAUUCCAUUUUGUGUUUUCCUGUUUUUAAAACUUGCACAAGAAACGGGCAGGAAAGCCAGCCAAUGGAAAUCGCUGUCAGGAAACGCUGUACUUGUUGAAUUUCUACAUCUCUCACAAAGCUUCUCUAGUAUCUACAGAGGAGCCCUGCCGAAUAAAAGGAGGCAACACAAUGCUAGAAAGCAUAGGAGGUUCUCUUGCAGGUUUCUGCUAUCAGUUGAGGUGGUGCUGUGGUAGCGCAGGAGAGGCACUGCAGAGAUGGGGUGCUGAGAAUGGUGUUAAAGCCUGGAGAGGAAAGAUGCUGAUGGCAAGAACAUUCUGUGAAGAGUUCAAGGAGAAGUGCCCAGUAUGUGUUCCCUGUGGACUGAAGUUGGCUGAGAAAACCCAGACUGCUAUUGUCAGACACUUUGGUCUUCAGAUCCUGGAGCAUGUGGUGAAAUUCCGAUGGAACAGUAUGGGUCGGCUUGAAAAAGUCUAUUUGAAGAACAAUGUCAUGGGACUCAUAUCCAACGGUACCCAGCCAAUUUUAGAGGAAGAAAGUCACAUUAAGGAUGUUCUUUCUCGCAUUGUAGUGGAGAUGAUCAAGCGUGAAUGGCCCCAGCACUGGCCUGAUAUGUUAAAGGAGUUGGAUGCGCUCUCCAAACAAGGGGAGACACAGACAGAACUGGUGAUGUUUAUACUUCUGCGCUUGGCGGAAGAUGUGGUGACCUUCCAGACACUACCAGCCCAGAGACGACGGGACAUCCAACAAACUCUCACCCAGAAUAUGGAGAAGAUCUUUAGCUUCCUUCUCAAUACCCUGCAGCAGAACGUUAACAAAUACAGACGCAUGGUUGAAGUGCCCCAAGAGCAAGAUGCCCUCUCUUCUCCACAGAAGAUGGAUGCAUCUCAGGAACCCAAAGCACAAGCAAAUUGUCGAGUGGGGAUAGCAGCUCUUAAUACUCUGGCUGGCUACAUUGACUGGGUGGCUAUGAGCCACAUCACAGCAGAUAACUGCAAACUCCUGGAAAUGCUGUGCCUGCUCUUGAAUGAGCCAGAGCUCCAAGUGGGAGCAGCAGAGUGCCUCUUGAUUGUGGUCAGCAGGAAAGGAAAACUGGAGGACCGCAAGCCCUUGAUGGUUUUGUUUGGAGAUGUUGCCAUGCAUUAUAUCCUCUCUGCUGCCCAGACAGCAGAUGGUGAAGGCCUGGUAGAGAAGCACUAUGUUUUCUUGAAGAGACUUUGCCAAGUCUUGUGUUCUUUGGGCAGCCAGCUGUGUGCACUGGUGAUCUCUGAGUCAGAUGUGGAAACACCAGCCAACUUUGGGAAAUACCUUGAAUCAUUUCUCGCAUUCACAACUCAUCCCAGUCAGUUUUUACGCUCUUCUACACAGAUCACAUGGGGAGCUCUUUUUCGACAUGAAGUCCUGUCACGUGAUCCUCUGUUGUUGGCUAUGAUCCCAAAGUAUCUCCGGGCAUCUAUGACUAAUCUAGUGAAGGUGGGUUUUCCUUCCAAGACGGACAGUCCCAGUUGUGAAUAUUCUCGCUUUGACUUUGACAGUGAUGAGGACUUUAAUUGCUUCUUCAACUCUUUCCGUGCCCAACAGGGAGAGGUGAUAAGGAUGGCGUGUCGCCUGGACCCUCGGACUGGCUUCCAGAUGGCUGGGGAGUGGUUGAAGUACCAGUUGUCCACUCCUGUUGAUAUUGGAGCCAUGAACUCUAAAACUGGUGAAGGCCUCUGCUCCAUAUUUUCUCCUUCCUUUGUACAGUGGGACGCUAUGACCUUUUUUUUGGAGAGCAUCAUUAGCCCAAUGUUCCGAACUCUAGAUAAGGAAAUCCCAGUGACUGAAGGCAUAGAACUGCUGCAGCUUGUCCUGAGCUUUGAAACAAAGGAUCCCCUCAUCCUGUCCUGUGUCCUUUCUAAUGUCUCGGCACUCUUUCCAUUUGUAACUUACAGGCCAGAAUACUUGCCAGAAGUUCUUUCCAAGCUUUUUGCCUCUGUUACCUUUGAGGUCGUAGAAGAAAGUAAGGCCCCAAGAACCCGUGCGGUGAAGAAUGUGAGGAGACAUGCCUGCUCCUCAAUCAUCAAGAUGUGUCGAGACUACCCUCAGCUUGUCUUGCCAAACUUUGACAUGCUAUAUAACCAUGUGAAACAGCUGUUAUCCAAUGAGCUACUCCUAACCCAGAUGGAGAAGUGUGCUCUCAUGGAAGCCCUAGUCCUUAUCAGCAACCAGUUCAAGGAUUACCAGCGGCAGAAGCUUUUCUUGGAGGAGCUCCUGUCUCCUGUUUCUACAAUGUGGCUGUCUGAUGAGAUGAAGAGAGUCCUUAUGAAUCCUGAAGAUUUUAUCCGCUAUGUUGGUGCCGAUAACAAACUUGCAGAUCCAAUCAUGGAAGAUCCCUGUGGCUUGAACCGUUCUAGAAUAAGCUUUUGUGUGUACACCAUUCUGGGAGUUGUAAAACGUGCUCGCUGGCCUGCUUCCUUGGAAGAGGCGAAGGCUGGAGGAUUUGUGAUUGGAUACAUGGCUAAUGGCACUCCAAUGUACCGUAACCCCUGCUCUAUGCAGGUCCUGGAACUUCUCGACAACUUGCUUGCUCUAAUAAGGACGCACAACAAUCUGUAUAUGCCUGAGAUGGUGGCUAAAUUGGGGGACACUUUUGCAAAGGCCUUAGACAUGAUGGAAGUUGAGAAGAAUGGCAUCCUAGGCCUUCCUCAACCUCUGUUGGAGCUUUAUGACUCUCCUGUUUUCAAAACAGUUCUAGAAAGGAUGCAGGGUUUUUUCUGUACCUUGUAUGACAACUGUUUUCACAUUCUGGGGAAUGCUGGCUCAUCAAUGCAGCAAGAUUUCUACACUGUGGAUGGCCUAGCAGCUGAGCUACUCAACUCUGCCUUUGUCAAUCUUAACAACAUCCCUGACUACAGACUCCGCCCUUUGCUUCGUGUGUUUGUGAAGCCUUUGGUCCUCUCCUGCCCACCUGAACACUAUGAAUCUCUUAUCUGUCCUAUACUUGGACCACUCUUCACGUACUUACAUAUGAGGCUUUCCCAGAAAUGGCAGCUCAUCAAUCAGCGGAGUCUGCUUUGUGAUGAGGAAACAGCAGAUGAUAACCCAGAGUCCCAAGAGAUGCUGGAAGAGCAGCUGGUCAGGCUGCUCACCCGAGAAGUCAUGGAUUUAAUCACUGUUUGCUGUGUCUCAAAGAAAGGCGCUGAGCAUAAUAAUGCUGUUGCUGCAGAUGGAGAUGAUGAGGAGAUGAUGUCCACAGACGUGUCCCCACCAUCCAGUUCUGAGCUCACCGAAUUGGGAAAGUGUUUGAUGAAACAAGAGAAUGUCUGCACUGCUCUGCUGAUUACAGCCUUCACAUCCCUUUCCUGGAAAGAUACUUUGUCCUGCCAAAGAACUACCACACAACUCUGUUGGCCACUGCUUAAACAGGUGCUCACAGGAAAUUUGAUCCCUGAUGCAGUGACCUGGUUUUUCACAAGUGUGCUGAAAGGAUUGCAGAUGCAUGGGCAGCACGACGGUUGUAUGAUAGCUCUUGUUCAUUUGGCUUUCCAGAUCUACGAGACUUUGCGCCCACGCUAUGCUGAGCUGAAGACAGUGAUGGAACAGGUUCCAGAAAUUCAAAAGGAACCCCUGGAGCAAUUUGAUUCCAAGCUGCUCAACCCAACACUGCAGAAGCUGACAGACAAGCGCCGGAAGGACCAUUUCAAACGCCUAAUUGCAGGCUGCAUAGGGAAACCCCUAGGGGAGCAAUUCCGAAAGGAAGUUCACAUCAGAAACCUCCCAUCACUUUUCAAAAAGGUGAAACCACCCCUAGAGGUAGACUUACUGGAUAACAGUGAAGAUGGAACCCUCAUUGCACUCUUUGAGCCAUAAGCUCAGGACACUUCUUCUACCACUUUCUCCCUUUGCCUCUUGUGUCCCUGCACAGUGACUUUUUGUCUCCUCCUGAGCCUGGAUAGACUAGCCUUAUUGCAGAGGAGAAAGGAUGUGAACUAAAAAUGUUGUCCAGUCUGAUUUUUCACAGCUCCACAACUUUAUUCACAAUUUAUUUUUCUUUGGAUAGAGUCCAGCCAUUACAUAUGGAGGCCUUGGUUUAGUUAACCCCCAGAUAUCUUUGGGCCAGCUCUUUAAAAACUUGCCUUCACACAUGCACACAAUGCUUUCCCAGUGAAAAGAGCAUUCUAUCAAUCCCCAGUAUGUCUUUCAUAUUUCAUUCAGGAUAUCCUCACCACGGCUGCCUCAACAUGACACUAACAGGACUCAUUCUGUUAACGCUUUGGAAAGGCUCAGUUUUUCUGGGAUAACACAGGUAUCCCUACUGAGCAUUUCUGCACUCCGAAGUCUCCACUGAUUUUAUUUUUAAAUUGUGUGUCUCUAGAGAAGUAGCACUUGAUCACAUAUCCCACCAAACAAGAGAUCAGGGACUGGUAGGAAGCUUAUUUCGUUGUCAGUUUAGCUCAGCCAUGUUUCAGGCAGCCUAGAGUGAACCACUGUGUUUUGUCCUAGAAACAUUAUCAAAGUGAGCCUUCUAGGUCCAAAUCCAGUUUCAGCAGUCAGAAGCCUGACUCUUCUAGAAAUCAGACCCAGGGCUACUUUCUGCUGGUCUGGAACACUAAAGAGCAACAUUCUUAUAAAAGGCUAAAAUUCUGCAUUUGAGCGUACAUAAAAUGGCAGAGUUCUGGAUCAUUCUCUAGAAUAUGCAAUGUUAGUUCAAAAUAAUUCCAAGUUGUGCCUUACGGUAGACUUGGGUUUGCUUGUGCAGGAUAAGAUACUUCAAUUAAAACUAUGCCAGAUUUUGACAUUUGAGUCAGAAGUCAGUGCUAACUGCCUGAUAACUAAAGGUCUUUGCUCAGCUACAGUACUUUGACUAGCAAACUGAAAAUUAUAUUUCAGAAGGCUUUGGUGGGGGCAUAGACCUGCUGAUGCAGGCAGGAAAGCUUGGAGGAAAUGAGCGUUACAAUUGUAUUCAGAUUCUUAGUUAUAGCCUGACUUCACUCAGACAUCUUCCUUGCUGUUUUGUGUCACCUCUAGUAUUUACCUCCAUGAAACUUUAAUAAAAAUAAAUAUCUAAUGACAAAUAGCUUUAGAGCCUAGGCUGUCUGUAUUUAUUGUGUCAAUUAUAACUUUAACUUUCUGUGGCCAUGAUAGAAACAUUAAUUAACAUUAAUUUGAGGGGGGAUUGUACAGAUGUUCUGUUUGAAGAUCUCUUUGAACAGAUUGUGAUACACUUAAUGAAUGUCAGUAAAGGUCUGUUUUUAUACAUGUA